AAAUAGAUUUUUUAAAACCAGAAGGUUUCCAGGUGUUUCGUUUAAUCUUACUAAAUAUAUUUAGGCUCUCCUUAGUUCAUUCAUGACUAUAAAUAUGACCUCUCUAUCCCUUUCAAUUUCUCUAACUCACAUUCCUAGAGAACUAGUUGCCUCUUUUGUAAUCUCUUACAUAUCAAUGGAAAAUGGUCAUGACGGAUCAAACUCCAAGGGUAUGUGUGAGAAGAUCUUCAGCUGUCUCUGCCCAAAUUUUCAAUCAAACCAUCAUGCACACCACAAACUAGCCAAUGGGUCCGGAGCUGAAGCUGUGGCGAAUGAUAUGGCAAGAGUGCCCAAGGCAGAGAUGGUUCGACCUACAAGGGUUUAUGGGCAAAGACAACAUCAUGUUAUUGUGAGCAUGGAUUCACAAGUUGAGGUAGAUAACAAGACACCAGGUUUGGAUAAAAAUGAUACAUUUUCUGAAUACAUUAACCGCACAAAAUUUAAGAUCAGAGCUUCUAAGUCCAAUGUGGGAAAGGAGAAGGUUGCCUCCGGAGAAGAUCAUGUUAAAGAAAAAGAGAAGGAAGAUGAUGGUAAGGAUGUAUUUUCAGAUUUUGUUAAUCGCGCUAAGAUUAAGAUUAGGAAGACAUCAAGUUUUGGAAGCAAAAUGAAUAUCUCCUUUAAGAAUUAGGAGACUGAAGCUGUGCAGCCAUAGAAGCUCUUGAUGAAUAAUGGUGUGGUGCUGAUUCAAGUGAUUUCCACUAAUAUCAUCUCCCUCUACCUCUCUUGUGUACUUGUUAUGUGAAAUUAUUAAAUCCUUCUGCUUGAUUUUUUUUUCCAGAUCAAUUGUAUUAAGUAAUUCUUGUACUUCAUGUAUCGGGAGAAGUUGUAUUCUAUUUUAUUUAUUUUUACUUUGAGAAACCUAUAAAAAUGUAUGCUUCGCUGA